CACAUAGCUAAGUCAUCUAAGUCCUCACUUUCUCUGCAACAAAAUAUUGUUGUGAACUCAAAACUUCCUCUCUCAAUAAAAUACAUAGGAAGAUCAGCAUGGCAUUUGGAUUGCAUGGUUUUGUUAAGGGUAAGAAGGCUCUCCAAAGAUCACUUUCAGGCAUCAAAGAAGCUUCUUUGAGCUCCAAAACCAUUCCAAAAGGCUACUUUGCAGUGUAUGUUGGAGAGGAGCAAAAGAAGCGUUAUGUAGUACCUCUUUCCUACCUAAACGAGCCUGCAUUUCAAGAAUUGCUAAACAUGGCUGAAGAAGAAUUCGGAUAUGAUCAUCCAAUGGGCGGACUCACAAUUCCCUGCAGUGAUGAUAUCUUCAUUGAUCUCACUUCCCAGUUGAAUUGAUUGUAAAUCAUAGAACUAAUAUAGUUUAGCAUAAACAAUUUUGUAGAUCCUAUACUUUGACCCUAUAAAGGAUACUUUUUUACUAUACUUGCCAAAUUUGUAUAUAGCAAUUGCUCAUUUGAGUCUACUUGUUCUCCUUUCAUUAAAAAUUAAACUGGGAUCUUUGGAAAGA